CAGUUGUACAAAUACAAAUUAAAUUGCAUAUAAAGUGGCGCCAGUUGUGUACUAGGUGCGUAAACAAUGUCGAAAAAUGAAAAAAAUAAUUCAAAAUCUUCCAAAUUCCCAUCCUUGCCAAUAAUAGAUGAACCACGACUCCACCAAGACGAAAAUGAUUCUUUACAAUGUGGAAAGUGCAAGCAAAUAUUCAAAUCAGUAUCCUCGUUCCUCAUACACAAAGAGCAACAUAAGACAUCAGACCUAAACAAUAUAGAUUUAAAUGCAAACAUAUGGUAUGAAAACAUAUUGACUGAUACUAAUGGUAAGUUACUACCAUUAGUACCAGAUGAUAUUAAUUCUGAAUUAAUCGAUAACAAUUUGUUACUCGAUAAUACUGAUUUGGUUUGGAGUAACUGUAAAGAGCUCAUAUCGACGUUUCAAAACAGUCCUAUAAUCGGCGAAGAACGUUGUUCAACGCCUUUUAAUUUAUCAAAUAUUACAGAAGACAAUGAACCGGUUAAGGAACCUGCACCGUGCACAGCUGUUCGAACUGUAUACAAGUGUAACGAGUGCAAGAAAGAGUUUGAUCAAGAGUCUGAUCUUGUUCAACAUUAUAAAAUCCAUAUGUUGAGUAGGGAUUUUCAAUGUGCUAUAUGUGGACGUACGUUUGCACAAAAGUCUAACCAAUGUAAACACAUAAAAACGCACCAAACUUGGCCGCAUGAUGUGAAUUUUUUAAUACCAAAGUAUCAUAGGGGUGAUUAUGUGUAUGUUUGCAUGUUUUGUAAAAAAAUCUUCAAGACUUCUCAUGAAUUGAAAAAGCACGCAAACAGCAAACAUAGUAACUUGAAGGUUUUUAAAUGCGCUCUACCGACAUGUGACGCUAUGUUUGAUUCCGAGACCAAUCUGUUACACCACAUGCAUGAUUUACAUCCCGACAGGACUUUUGCAUGUCACAUUUGUUGCCAGAGUUCCAACAGUUUAAAAGAUGCAGCAGAGCAUCUGAAAAUUCAUACACAAUCGAGCACCGAUGAGAUUGAUGUUAGGAACAUACGGUAUACAUGUUUGGUUUGUAACUGUUCCUUCAGCACUCAGCAAGGCUUGCAAAAACACCAGCAAACAGCAACUCACAAACACGAGUGUCAUAUCUGUAAUAAGACUUUCAACGAUGCAAGAUAUUUAAGAAGGCACAUAAAAAUCCAUAAAGGUACCCCGCACAGCUGCCAAAUUUGUGGACGUGUGUUCCAACUUAAAACAUCACUCAGUAAUCACAUGCUGAUACACAACACAACGCCUGAAUUUACUUGUAUGCAUUGCUCGAUGACUUUUAAGCGAAAGGACCACUUGAUAAGACAUAUUGUAACUCACCAAUCUAAAAAAGUGUAUGAGUGUCCUUUGAAAAAAAUUAUUGGAUGCAACAUGUCGUUUCAUAGGAAGGACAAGUUGCAAAGACAUUUUUCAACUCAUUGUAAGGUCAAAAGGAAGCGAGAGAUAGCUAAGACUGUUUCUAUUGUUGUUUGUCAGAUCGAUCCGGGUAAUAUUGAUUCCGACAAUUUGGAAAUCACAUGUUUGGCAAGCCCAGAAAAUGCAAAUUAA